UCCAGGAAGUUUUGAGGUUGUCUUCUUCUCAGGCAUGUUUUGUGGUGAAAACAGAGCAAAGUCUGGGAUAUAUUUCAUAUUUUCUUCGAAAUUUACAGAAUACAUUUUUGGAAGCAAGCCAACAAUUCGCUAUUUUGAAGUUUGCAUGUUUGUUAUUUACAGAACAUUGUUGAACCUCUGAAUGAGCCAACAUGGAUUCCUCUCAAGUACUGCGUCAGCAAAGUCAGAACAAAAUCCUGAACGACCAUUCAAGUCUCAACAGAAUGACAGCAGACCCAAAGCCAGGCUCUAAACACCCAUCUUUACCCCACCCUUCCAAACACCCCUCUGUACCCCACCCUUCCAAACACCCCUCUGUACCCCACGGCCAUCCUACCAAACUGGGGUCUGAGAACAAGGACCCAGCAGCAGCCUCAGACAACAGUACCAAGCCCCCUGUAAGACCACUGGGCAUCAGCAGGCUGCCAGUGCUGGCCAAGUCCCUGCCCCUUCAGACUCCCUCUGACUUCACCCUGUCACACAAGAGAUGGGAGGAGAACUCUCUAGCAGGUAAAACCAAGAGGAAGAAACCAAACACCAAGCCUGUGCCUUUCAACUUCUCUAAUCCCAAGGCCAACCGAAUGGGGGCACAGAACCAGAGGGGACCGCUGGCUACUACUGCAAGGGCUGGUGCUCAACCCACCCAACCUGAAAGUACUUUUAGCAUUGCUGGCCAUCUAAAAACAAGACCCACAUCAACCACUGCCACACUGCCCAGUACCGUCCCAACAACUCAUAACAAGGCCCAAUCAAAGUCAACUGUAGAGCUUGCUGCUCAAAUCCCAACACAUGCACUACACUUGGCAGCUAGAAAAGCAGGUCAAGGGCCUGGAGGCAUCUUGCCACAGCAAAAUAGAGAGACAGGGAAGCCUCAUCUGACCCAGGCUCCCAGUGCUGCCACCUCCAUGUCUUUGUCUCAACAUCCAAAACUAAAAGCCCAGUCUUCUUCAGAAAAUCCAUUGCACGUAUCUGGAUUGGGACAACUUGGUCUUUCCAGACCUCCCAGUUCAUUUGCUCACGGCUCAGGUCUUUCGUCCAGUGCUUUCUCAAUUAGUAGUGCCUCCACUGCCUCAGCCCAGCCCACUGCCCUCAGUACGGAAGCCUGUAGGGGCCAUUUUGACAUGCUCAGCCUCAAAGAUCCUUCCAUGCCUGGGCAGUUACCAAGUAGUACCGCUGGGAGUGUGGCGGCUGCCUUCCACUCUGACCCCUCUGCCCUACGUAGUAUCCUCCAGAAUGAGGGAGUCAGUGCAGCCAAGGUUUUUAUGUCCAGCCGUCCCUCUACACAAGCCUAUUACAACAUGCCCCAGAGAGUAUCCAUCAUGAAGAGUGGCCAGAAGACAGUGCUCUCUGCUGGUCCUGUCAGGAAUGUUCAGUUCUAUCCUGACCCUGCGGCCCUGGGCAGCAUCCUGCAGAAUGAAGGGGUCAGCUAUCCUCUCCAGCCCCAGAGAGUGUCUGUCAUGAAGGGUCGCCAGAUGACAGCAGCUUCUGCAGGUCCCGUAAGGUCUGUUCAGUUCUCCCCUGAGCCUUCCUCCCUCAGCAGCAUGAAUGAAGGGGUCAGCUAUCCUCUCCAGCCCCAGAGAGUGUCUGUCAUGAAGGGUCGCCAGAAGUCGGCAGCCUCUGCAGGUCCAGUACGGAGUGUUCAGUUCUCCCCAGACCCUGCAGCUCUCAGCAGCAUCCUGCAGAAUGAAAGGGUGAAGGCUGGGAGACCCCUGGAGGCCACACCCCAACGCGCCUCUGCCUGUCCCUCUGGCAGGGGCACCUCCAUCUACACUGCACAGAGAGUACCCAUCACAAAGUGGCACACUGAAGCACCUGGAGGACCUAUGGUGACGUCAGUCAGCCAGACCCCAGCCUUAAAGUGGACACCCCAGCGGGUCCCUGACACCAGGCAUCAGCCCAUGUCCAUGAGGAGGCUCCUGUCUGCCCACCAGACCCCCUACUCAGGCUCUCCCAGACUCAGGGGCCUCCAGGGCCACAACCGAGAUCUGGAGACAUGCAAGGAGGAGGUUGUCCAGAGAUUGUUUAAGGAGACUGAGGACCAAGAGGAGGAAGAACGGACAGACGGUGUGGCAUUGGAUCAAGAUCCUGCUGAGACGCGAGCAGACCAACAGCUGGCGAAGGAGGAGGAGCAAAGCAACACAGGAGGACGACUCCAGACUUUCUUCCAAGCCCCACACAGAGAAUCAGUCAUUUUCUUCUCAACUGGCAAGAAGCUGCACAGAGCAGCUCCAGCACACGAACAGGAGAGCCCUGUGGCCGGAUUUCUGGAGCGAGGUGGGCCCCUGGAGCGAGGUGGGCCCCUGGAGCGAGGUGGGCCCCUGGAGCGAGAUGGGCCCCUGGAGCAUUGUGCUGCAGGGGCCAGAGCUGCAGGAGCACAGGAGGCGAUGGACCGCCUCCCACUGCAACCAGAGUUAGACAGAGCCUCUGCACCAGAGAUCCCUGAAGUCACAGCUGCAGUCUCAGACCUGACCAGGUUGACCAACCUCUCAGCCUUUGUCCCCCUGAGCCAGCCCAGAGGUAGUAUUAUGUUCCCAAAGAGCGGUGCUCUGAGUUCUGCUACAGCCUUGCUCCGCCGGCGCCUCCCCCUUCUGAAGGAGCUACGUCUUGACGAGGAGGUGGCCACCUACACCUCCUCCCCAGCCCUUCCUCCCUCAUCCUCCUGGCCCCAGCAGACCCGCUGUGGAAACCCUGUAGCAGCAGCCCUGUAUCUCCAGGACUAUGCUAGUUUUCAGCCAAUUAUCUUGGUCCCCUCGUCUACUUCCUGCUCCUCUCCUCUCAGGGAGAGAUGAUGACUGUUGCACUGAGAACGUUUUUGUCUUAUUUUUUUGUCUGGUCUAUUUUACUGAUGAGAAGAAAGAUCCAUAACGGAUUGUUAAGCUGUCUUUAAGGAGUGUUUCCGAACCCUGUUAUAGCCAGCUUAGCUUUGAGAGAUCCACGUCUUACGUACUGACUGGUGUCACACUUACAUAAUAUCUGUAGGUCUUACCAAUGUGUAUUACUGCUCAAAAUGGAUACUUUUCCAAAACGUAACAUACCAAUGUUCAAUAACGUAUCAAGUUAGCAACAUUUUUACCACAUUGGCAUGCACUGGCUAUAUAAUGCUAAUAAUCAUUUUAUUUUUGAAAGUAUUACAGUAUGCAAGAUAUCCAAGAAUUAUACAUUUUAAAUUUUGAUUGGAAUCAGAAACUAAGUUGACAGUGUACAACAAUUGGUGUCCAAAAAUCAUUGUUGGUAGGUUCCAAUGAUUGAAAUCAAUGUUGGUAGGUUCCAAUGAUUGAAAUCAAUGUUUUUAGAGUAGACUACUGGACCCAUUGGGUCACUAUGGGGGAAUUGUUGACUUAAUCAAUGUUACAAUAUUUUAUUUAUUUAUUAGAUCUUGCAGAAAUACGGAAGUUAAAUUUUUAUUGACACAAGUCGAAUUUUCAUUGACACUUUUUAGAAAAACAAACACCGUAUGGUUCUACUGUUUGCAUUGUUUCAUGUUGUGUAUAUAUAGUGACAUUAAACACUAAAUGAGGCCCAAAUCAGAUCGUCUAGAUUUGUACAGUGUUUAUAAUAAAUGUAUAUAAACUUUC